ACGAGACAGAGGACAUCGGAGGAGCCAGAGGGUAAACUGCAGGCAGGGAAGAGAUCGCGAGGAGACGCGGGUGGGGCGAGCGAGCGAGCGAGCUGGAGGGCGGGCGGGCGCGGUUCUGUGAGCGAGGCCGAUCGAAAGCAGCAUGAACCUCGAAUGCCCAUGGACAUGCGCACAGGUCGGUCCUGGCGUUGACUUCAGUUCCGCCGGCUUUGUGCGAACGCACGGCACGAGCGAGCGUGUGCACGAGUGAGUGAACGCGAGGGAGAAGACGAAGGGAGAAGAGGAGGAAGGAGGAAGGAGGAGGAGGUGGAGUACACGAAGAAUAUAUUUUUAAGGGAAAUUCGAUUCGUGCAGUUUUGCUCGUUUUUUUUUGUCAUUCCUCGGGAAGAAUCCGCGAUGCCGCGCGCGUCAAAGGAGGGCAGAGGGUUCGAGGUGUCGUCUGGCGCGGCUCCCCUGCCCGUGCGCUCGUGAAGAGGAGCCUCCCCGCCGGAGUUUGGGGGACCUGACGCCGGGCAUCUCACGCGACAGCGAGGCCCUAUGGGUUAAGCCAUCGGAGGCGUAUGGAGAUUUCGGCUUGUUCAUUCGCAGCCUUUCUGACAUUCCUGUACCAAGAAGUUUACGUGGGAUGGGCAUCCGGCCUUAACCAAACCAUCGACUCGCGGGACGAGGAGGAGGAGUGUGGUCAGGAUGAGCUGCGCUGUCGCGACGGCCACUGCAUCAUCGAGGAGCUGCAGUGUCUGCUCGCGCGCGAGUGCGGCUGGGACCUGCCCCUCGUCUGCUCGCAGGUGGUGGCGGCGUCCAACCACAGCGAGUCAACGGCGCCGGGGUUCAGCACCGCGGGGUUCGGCGCCGGGGGGAUGAGCGCGGGCGGCGCUGCGGUGGCGGUGGACGGCAUCGGGGUCGGGGGUGCGGGCGGCGCGGGCGAGAGCGCCAGCCUGCUCGUGUCCCCGCUCGUCGUGGCCGGCAUGGUCAUCGGCCUCGUGCUGCUGCUGUCGUGCGUUACCAUCGUCGCCGGGAGCCUCAAGAAGGACAGCCGCUCCACGGCGCGCGGCUCGCAGCUCGGGUCGCUGCCCACCGCAGGGCAGGACGGCUUCUCGUACAGCGGCUCCCACGGCGACCUGAGUCUGUCACGCAUGGAGAGAUACUCGACGGCGAUGGCGUACGAGAUGUGCGACGAGACCGUGUCGCGCCUGAACCUCACUUUCCUGGACGCGCCGCCACGGUACGAGGACUGCAUCAGACCCAGCGCGCUCAUCCUGCCCAUCCCCUCCGAUGCGCCGCCCCCCUACUCGCUCACCGACCCCUGCUGGGACAGCGGCCUCGACGUGGGCCUCUACCCCGGCUCGGCGGGAGGACCCCGCGGCUCCGGCCACGAUCUCUCCUCGGAACAAUCGGCGCUGGCUCCGGGCGCGGCCACCGCGGCCCAGCUCCCGAUCCGCGUGUUUGCCGCCGACGCCGGCGGCCCCUUCGGCGGCGAGGCCGUGCCCGUCUUCGUGUCGCGCUCGGGCGAGCGGCUGUGGCCCCUGCGCGUGGUGGACGAGCACGGAGUCGUCCGCAUGAGCGUCUCGUUCGUCGCCGCGCUGCCUCCCCCUGCUCCUCCCGCUCCUCCGGCCGCCGCCGCCGCCGCCGCCGCUGCGUCCGCUCGACUCCCUCUUCUGCAGCCACCGCCCGCGUCGCCGACGGUGUCCUCGGUGGCGCUGUCGCUCGCGUCGGUGGAGCGGCGGCACGAGGAGGCCACGGUGGCCGGGACGAGUCCGAGCCAACAGCGCGGCGCUCUGCGCGACCACGACGACGACGGCGGUGGCGGCGGUGGCGGUGGCGGCGGCGGUGGCGGUGGCGGUGGUGCUGGACAACAAGAACAGCCGCAGUCGACGUCCGAUAGCCGCGCGGAACCGUCGCCGUCCCGCUCGCUGGUGCUGGAGCAGCUGGUGCCGCCCGCGUACGUGGACGCCCCGACCUACGCCAGCAUGCCGCGGGGCACCUUCUGCAUCCUCAAGGACACGGAGAACGAGUACGAGACCAUCCCGCAGGUCAUCAGCUGAGCCGACCUCUGUGCCCUCGGCCUUCCUCAUGUACCCACGAGACGCCUUUCUUCUCAUCCGUUUCUUGGAGACGCGCAGCAUCGAGCAAAGUGGAGCCGAAUUGAGCGUCUCACGGUUUGCAUCGUAACUCAAUUGAUCGAUGAAUGACAGGCUGCUGCUGCAGCCGCUUGCCCUGAGUGUAACGACGCCGCCUAUUGUGGGAAUGCGUUUUCAAUGAACAUCGUGCAAUGGAUCAGAAGACGCGUGGGCUCCACGCUCGAUGGCUUUCAAGGUGACGCAAGGCCGAACUCCGCUCUGCUUAUUGACCAGGCUGGAGGCAGGACGGCUUCGUGGAAAGGCGUGCUGCGAUGUGCUUAAUCGAACCGUGGCGAAGAUCUUACAGGACACGUGACUUUGCGCGCGUGUGUGCGUGGGUGAAACCAACAAUUGUUAUCGCGACGCAAUUUUGCGAGUCUUUUGUGGGGUUUAGCGAAGAUUUUCGUUUGCUCACGCCAAGACCCGAGAUGGAAGCCAACGCCAACGUGUUCACUGCUGCUGUCUAUUUUCUGGACAUACUCUGUGGGCGGUGAAUUCAUUUCCAUUGGGCAAAAUGUCCCCGGUAAUUUCAGAGCUUACCGAAGUCGCUCGUGGCUUUUUGUUGGUGGGGUAAGUGGGGGAGGAAUACAUUGUUGGCCGAUGAACGCGAACCGAGUCUGGCCAAGCGUGGCAGAAUGGACCCUGCGGAGUUCCGUUGCUUUAUGUUUUUUUUGUUUGUUGCAGAGAGAACGUUUCGAGCACACGGGGAGCAGGAGCCCCGACUGAACGUACGGUCUCAAGAAAACAUUCGCGCGUGCGUCCGUGUCGCGCGCAUCAAACGGCCCUUUUGUGGGAUCUUCAGCGCGCAACCCCCUUGUCCACUCGCCGCUGUUUUGCGUUGUAAUUGAAGCCUGUCGAUUUUUGAAAGGCCCCGUACAAACCAAUUAUCAUUUUUCGUUUGCUUUCUGAGCAAGCGAGAUGCUAUACGCGGAUCCUUCUCACUGUGCAAAUUCUUAUCGGUUUAUUUUUGUUAAGACAAUAUCGUAUCGCUUUUUUUCAAUGUACAGUUCGAUGCAGUUGCUCGUUAACGGAACUGUUUAGCAUUUCGAUGAUGUGCCGUACCCCGUGCGUGUCUUCCGUCCUGUUUGUCAUCGUCGUCGUCGUCAUAUUUUGGCCAUAGAUAUUGGUACCCUUACACUCACUCACGUCGUCGGGGCUUAAUUUUUCAAGGAAUAUUUUCCGAGGUCACUCACAGCUCCCCCCCCCCUACUCCCAGCCAGGACCACUUCCCACAAACCCAUCCGUGAAACGCAGCGGUCACGCCUUCGGCUUUACAAGUAGCGCGACCAACAAAACGCACACAUCGUGUACGACUGAAACAUGACGAUUGGUAGAGAAAAAGCGACGAGUUAUGCGGCUGACGGCUGGGGACACGUUGGUGAGUUGGGGUGGGGAGGGGACGGGAGAGUGCUUUCAAUGAGCUCAGCCGCCGACAGCUCCGGCUAUGGUGGCGAGAUGUUAACUACCUCGCCUGGUAUACAGGAGGUCGUGGGUUCGACCCCGACCCUGACGCCUGCUGUAUAUUUGGAGUUUGCGUGUCUCUCUCCCCGUGGUCGUGUACAUUUUUCUCCAGGUCCCUCCGGUUUAAUCCCUCCACGUGUAGAAUAAUCAACAUCACGCGUUUGGAGUAUUCGGCUGCUCUAAAUUUCCACACGACAUGAUACGCCCACUUCGUUGAGCUAUCAUUUGUGGCCAGGUCGCUUCUUAAAAAGAAACAAAAGAAUCGUUUUAGAAAUCAAGCCCCGAGUAAAAUUCGAACGUGUUGAACGAUCAGUGCCAUGCCGAAAGAGAAGCACUGCCCGUCGAUGUUCAGAGUCUUCUGCGGUCUUCUGGGACGAGGCUUCGUUGGCAGGUGUGAGUCUUUCUCAGGUGUUACCUCCAGCCUUUACCCAAGUCAACGCUUUGCCGGCAGAUUUACCCCGGGGCUUGGGUUUCACCCGUGUCACCCGCUUCCUGUUGCAUCGGUCUAUCAGCAACAUUCAGAGAGAGCACGUGAAUCGCGAAGAUUUCUCGCUGCCCAACCCAAUUCCGUCGAUUCUUGGGAACGUGCAUUAUUGGCUCAGCAAUCGGAAGGUAGAUUUUAAAGAAGAAAAAAGUGUCGUCGUUUUUCUCGCCGGAACGGCGUAUCGAGUGCAAGGCUGAAACUUCACACGUGGGCGAAACGAAACCCAGUUUGCUUAGAUGUUUUGUUGUUGUUGUAACUUAUAUAUGUACGGAGGGCGGCGUGCAUGUGCGUACAUCUAGGGUGGUACAGCGUCGUUUCAGAGCAAGAAGAACAACCAAGGCCCCGGGUUUCAUUCAGGACUUUCACUUCUCCACGACGGCGAUCUCAUCUCCACACUCAUCUCCGUUUGGCGGCGACGAUGAGCCAGUCCGGGGCUAAAAUCAAUGAGAAAUUCCACAUUCCUAUGGUCGAGACCAGCCUAUCAGGAGCCCACCCCACUGUAUCGCGGUGAGAGGUCCGUAUUUUUGUCGCGUCACGUGAGCAACGUUUCGAGAGGCAUGGCAAUUGCAGGCGUUUUGCAAAUUCACAGGUAGCCACUGGCGUCCCUUGAAGCUUUGAGUUGUUGCACCACAACACGCACAGUCCCCGUCCUGUCGAUCCCCUGCUGGGCAUGAGGGCCUCCCCCACGCCGUGUGAGUUGCCGGUUGACCAUUGGCCCGUGAGUGGCGGAGACGGGGGCUGUAGCAGCCGACUCGGCCCAAGAGAGUUGAAGAAAAAGAAGUAAUAUUAAAAAAAAAAAUUUUUUAAACACGCUUUCAUCAAAUGUACCGUACGAGUAAUGGCAGAACUCCACGACUCCAGGAAGUGGCCCCGAAGCUUGCCAUAACGUAAGGGGCCGUGGUGAUUUACAGCCAACGUUAGUUGAGCGUGGACAAUUAGACCCAAGCCGAAACAUAACAUUAAAAAAGAAUGUUUUUUAAAAUUAUAUUUUUUCAUUUUUAAUGAUAUAAUAUAGUAUUGUCAUCAGUAUGACAUACGUAUAUCAAGUUUUGCAGUCGAUACCACAUUGGGAAAUUGGUUAAAUUUGAGUUACAGGAUUUGAGGAUACGACAACAACAAAGUGAGUUAAUACAAAGCGUGUAAUUAUAAUGUUUAAAAAUAUUUAUUUGAUUUUUUAUUAUUAUAGAAUAUAGUAUUGUCAUCAGUAUGACAUAAGUAUAACAAGUGGGAAGUGGGUUAAAAUUGAGUAACACGAUUUGAGGAUACAACAACAGACAGAGUGAGUUAAUAAAAAGGUUGUAAAAAUAAAAAAGGGGUUUAACAAAAAGACAAUAUUGGCAUCAACAGCGGCAGCAGCGGCAGCAGCAGCGACACGAAUCUUGCCGAGUGCCCCCCCCCCCUGGCCGAUGCUUCCACUCAAGGGCCGGGCAUCUCAUCCCACCGGCCCACAGGGAUCCAUACUCUUUGGUUCUUUCGGUAAAGUCACGCGGGUAUAAAAUAAAAUAAAUCACGACGUUUCGGGCGCAACACAAGCGUCCGUCACCAGGUGUGGAAGCGGCUUGUCUGCUCUCCGCGUUCGCGACGGACAGCCGAAGGGUAAAGUAGACGAUUUAUUUGCUCAUACUUCACCACCGUGGUCAAUACGGAUUAGUGAAGGCGCGGAGCAAAAUCCAACGAUUUUGGAUUUUUGCCGCACUGCCUUUUGCAGCCUCACAGCAGCCUAUGGCAGCUGUCAUGCACGGCAGGCGCCCAAGCGAACGUGAGCCAGGACCAACCCCUGCUGAGCCUCCCGGGAUGUGACGAGAGCGAGGGCAUCGCACGUGGCUUUGGCGAGACGGCGCCGUUUGUCACGUGACAGGGGGGGUGUGCGGAACCUCGUGAAAUAAAUCAAUCCUAUCCCACCUAGAUCACUUAUUUAACAUUUUAAAUGCCACGUGUGUGUGUGUGUAAAAUUAUACAGGUACUGUUUACGUGCAUAUAUAUCUUUGUACAAUCGAUACGGCUCUCGCCAGCGUCAAUGGAAGGAGAGCUUUGCACGUCUGAGUUGGUGCCACGGUGGCGAGAUGUUAACUCCAUCGCCUGGUAUGCAGGAGGUCGUGGGUACGAUCCCGGCCCAAACGCCUGCAUAUUUUUAGAGUUUGCAGUGUCUCCCCGUGGUGGCGUGGAUUUUUCUCCGGGUCCUCCGGUUUUCCCCUCCACAUUUCGGAUCAACAUCGCGCGUUAUCAGUAUUUGGCUGCUGUAAAUGUCCACACGACGACGAGCCGCUUCGGUGAACUAUCAUUCGUGGCCAGGUCACUUCUAAAAAAGAGCUACAUAGCUGAGGAGGUACAAUAAUAAUAGUUGAUUUAAUUGUCACUUAUUUAAAGCGGCAUUAUUUUCGCAUCUCUGAUUAGCACGGUUGGCUACGUGAGGUGCGAAACCAGUUCAACAUACACAUGGGCAUUAUUAUCACAAAGCAAAGAUUCAGUGCUGACAACAUUCGGAUUCUAAAUGGUGAUCAGCACCUGUAAUUGCGGAAUUUGCUGUUGAGUCAGCCUUUCCUGGGUCAAGGGGCUCGGAGCAGGUCCUGAUUGGCCAGGACCGUGUAUAAAUUGAGGCUGGCGAAGCAGGAAGCGGUUUGGGUCUGAGAAGAGUACUACACGAAAAGAGGUGAAAGCGCCAGCUCAUGGUUUCCAACCUUGCUGGGAUGACGCCCGGAUCCCCUCCCCCCCACCACCUCCACCCCUUCUAGAAUACUAAUACACAACGAUCCCGUGCCCACAUCUAUAGCAGCGUGUUAGCAAGGCGUUUGUUAGUAUGGCAUUUGCUAGAACGUCGUUUGUUCGUAAGUCAUUUGUUAUUAAGGCGUCGUGUAUUGGUGUGUUGUGUUGCCGCAUUGAGACGCUGAAUUUCCCCCUCCGCACACAUUCGGAAUUCCCACUGCACGGAGUCCAUGCCGCAGCAUGUAUCCCCCCCCCCCCCCGGGAGAGGGUUGCUCAUCAUUGCUUUAUACCUGGAUCUCAAUACAUACCAACCUGGAUCUCAAUACAUACCAACCUGGAUCUCAAUACAUACCGACUGUGUGUACACACACGUACACAAAGACAAAGAUCCCCCGUGUCACCUUAAUUGACUGUUGGGGCAAGUGCUGUUAGUGAGCACCUAUGAAGGCUGGCACGGCACACGAGGGGGUGGGUGGCCAGCACCACGCACGGUCGCCUUUGUCUCCCCAGUGGCGAUGUUUACACACCGCACCAGGUACUCAUUUGAGGUCACUGGUGUUUGCGGUGAACGGGAAUCGAUCUCGGGUCGCCGGGUUCAUAGCGCAGCGCGCUAACCGCUACGCCACCGCUCCACACACGCACACACGUAUACAGACGUACAUACACACACGUACACACGAAGGGGUGAUCAAAAUGUUUCGGGUGACAAGCACACCGUUGGGUGCUUUUUUUUUUCAACUUUGUCAACGCAGACAUCAAAUCAACUUCUCUGAAAAGAACUCACGAGACCUCGGGGGCCUUUCAAGAGCAUUCGGGGAGUGAAAGUGUCAAGGUGGCUGCUUCACGAAAUUCCCGAUGGUCACGCCCGAGACGCUCGGUUCAAAUCUGGGCAGCGACCGCGAUCAAACCCGGGGUUUUGGGUUCCCGCUGCUGCUUCUGCUGCUGUUUGCGUGCCCUGUGUGCUGCCGAACACAACGGAAGCACAUCGGGGGGUAGAGGGGUGGGUCUCAGUGGUGGUGAGAGAGUCAAUAUUCUCGGCUCGAUCACCGAUGACUUAGAUUGGCUUCUUUCAAUUGUUCGUCAUAACAUGAAAACAUGAAUAAGUAAACCCGUAAAAACAAAGUUUUUCACUAUAAAUCCUUUAUAUGCGUGGCUGCUAGAGUCCUCUCGUCCUCUGGCUUGAGAUGGCUGCCACCUAUGGGUCAGAUGAUUGUCUGCCAGCAUUAAGCAAUUGGUAAUUAAAUAUUUAAUUUGUUUUCCCUAAACAGUGUAAAAUUUUGGAAGAAAAAAAAUCACGAAAAUUAAUUGUCACGCACAACGAGUCUGUGUGCAAAAUGUCAGCUCGAUUGGAUCACGGGAAGUGGGUUAAAAAACGACCGAAAAAUUUGCACGGUCGUAAGCAAGCAAGCACGCAAGCAAGCAAGCAAGCGAACUUAAUAUAAAGGAUUUAAAAAAACGUGCUUCGGUUUGCCUCGUGACGAAGGCCUCAACUGCAGGUCACGCGGGAAGUUGCGAGCUCCACCUAGUGGUGCAUGAGAGGCAAUCGAGUGUAAGGGGCCUCAGAAGUAGCUCUGCGAUGACAUCUUCCCCGGGCUGUUAUUUCACACGGGCUGGUGGUCGUGGUGGUGGUUGUGGUGGUGGUGAUGUUUCGCUGCUGUCUGCGAUAGUUUCCGAUGGUGAAAGUAAAAUGUUUUCGCUCGUGACGUCGUGAUGCCGUUGGCGAGAGUGGUGACGGAUGCCGAGCGGCAGCGCGUUCACCGUUCGUUGCAGAAGUUAUGGGUUGGUGCCCGGCGGCUGCCCUGGUUAAUACUGUGCGAAUUUUAAAUAUGUAAAAAAACAAGAUGCGCCAUCUACGUUACAGCGGACGUUACAAAAAUCCGUGACAUCGUUGUAAAAAAAAUCAAAACUAGUAGGCCGUGUCUGCUGGUGGUAUCAUGGUCCACAUUUGACAGAUUAGCCAUAACAUACCAAAUUUGAUAAUAAUAAUAAUAAUAAACUACAAAGCAACGCCGCCCCCUUCUGGCAUACUAUACCCGCCUGUGAAAGGUAGCGUCUUCGCGAUAGCCGUGCGCUACGAGCAUGUCGCGAAUACCAAAUGUGCCAAUGGCACAUAACUGGAAUGCAAUUAGCAGAACGGGCAAAGGACGGACGUCGUUCCGUGGCUGGAAACUCCGAUCUCCUCCCCUCCCCUCCUCCUCCUCCUAGCUCUGCAUUGCUUUGAGCACCCCUGCUCCGCAGUGCGGGCACACGCGAGGCGGUGGCGGCAGUGUUCCGCUCGCGCGCGCGUGCACAGGCGCGCGUGAUACCCGCGCUGAGUGCGAAUGUUGCCAUCCGAUGGACAAUCCGGCAUGCGACCGUCACAGCUGUUCCCCUCCGGGGGGACAUUACGGAUUCAUGAGCUGCUGCUGCUGCAGUGAGCGUCGAGCUCGCUUGCAAUGCCACGACCCCAGCCAUUUUUUUUUGGAACGUGCACUUUAUCUAGAAAUGUUUGACUGGCUCACUUUGGGCGAUUCGGGUUAAAUUGUUUAUAUUCUCAUCGGAUUUGUCUGCACACUCCCCCCCCCCCCCCCCCCCCCCCCGUUUGAGAUGCGUCGAGAAACGGUAAAACUCGUAUGCAUGUGUACAGAACAAGAAUAAUAAUAAUAUAUCCGAAAAGACGGACAGAGGUCCCGUCCUCGACCCAACAAUCUGUGCAGCAGCUCCCUCUGGGCACGAGUGCUGUUAGCAAGCACUCAUUGAACGUCUGGCACGGCACGAUAGGAUUGUAUCGGCCAGCAUAGCACCGUACUCAGAGCUCUGGCCAACUCCUCCCCCCGCCCCCCCCCCCCCCCCCCACGAUUGAUAAUGACGCAGCUCACCAAUAAUUCUUAAGGCUGAGUUAACCUAGAGGAGACCCCGUCGAGGUUACUUACCAGUUGCCAAAUGACGCCGCAGGCGAUGUCAAACCAUGGAAACCGGCUUCCUUGCGAGAUCACAAUGCCGUGCGGCUCGUAUGAAAUGUUGCAUCGAUGUAAAGAUUACUCGUUAAACAAAAAAUCACGAAAAAACGAGAUACGAUUUCCAUUUUAAAUGAUCGGGGAAGGCGGUCAGAAGCGCACGCCGUUGCGCUGUAGACACGGGGACAUGCAUUCACGUCCGAUGGGCAGUGAUAUCGCAUCAGCACCUCCGAUUAUCACGGCUGGCUACGUACGGUGCGAAGGAAGUUCAUCGUACAUGCAUACAGCGGCAGCUUUUGUUCGGGUGGAGGGAGAAUGAAAAAAAAACAACAAUAACACAAGCAAAAUGCAAGGAUCUUGAAAUGUUGCAGCAAUGUAUUGGUGGAGCCGUCCCAGUGUUGGAGGUCGUGAGGUCGUGGUGUGUGCGCGUCCGUGUUUAGUCCGCGUGUUCGUUUUUAAUCGGAUACGGCCGCUGCCUCGUGAUGUUCAUAGUCGUAGAAGAAUGAUCGUUUGGAUGUCCCGUGCUCGUCGUUUUAUCCUCCCUACCGUCCACAUCCUCCACACCGCCGCGCUCUCAAACCCCCUUCCAUCACCCACCCCCCUGUUCCACACUCCUCCUACCCAGCCGCCACGAACCACAAAGCCCGCUCCCCUACCUCGCCCGACCCCGCCAACCUCCCAUCUCAUCCCCCCCUCCCCCCAAUCUCCGGAGAGAAACACAAAUUCAAACGAUGGUUCUCAUUUCUUCUCCCCACUGUUUGGAUAUUAAAAAGACCACUGUGAUGA